GGUGCAGCUGCAGCCGGAUGUUCGUGUAGCACAAAUUUGGCGCUGAUCUAUCCGGGUACUUCAUUCACUGCUUCCUUUCGCGCCGGGUAACCGGAGAGCCGUGCGUCCAUGUGCGCAGUGACUGGGAACUGACAGACCUCUGAAAUAUUAAAAUCCGAGCCGCAAACAGAGUUUUCGCGAUGGAUCCCGAGUCUUUGGUCGAGGCCCUUCGGGGGACGAUGGACCCAAACCUGCGGGAGGCCGCCGAGCGACAGCUGAACGAGGCUCACACCCAGGUUAACUUCAUGUCCACUCUGCUGCGUGUCACCAUGACUGAUCAGCUGGAUUUGCCGGUCAGGCAAGCAGGUGUGAUUUACCUAAAGAACAAAAUCAUCCAGCAUUGGAGUGAUGGAGAAGUCGCUGGCACAGAGCCGCCCGUUAAUAACAUCCCAGAGGAAGACAGGCAGUUCAUCCGAGACAACAUAGUAGAGGCAAUCAUCCAGUCCCCCGAGCGCAUCAGAGUCCAGCUGACAACAUGUAUUCACCAUAUCAUCAAGCACGACUACCCUGGGAAGUGGACGAGCAUCGUGGACAAGAUCGGCUUCUACCUGCAGUCGGACAACAGCUUAGCCUGGCUGGGCAUCCUGCUUUGCCUCUACCAACUCGUCAAAAACUACGAAUAUAAGAAACCAGAAGAGAGGCAGCCUCUGGUGGCAGCCAUGCACAUCUUCAUGCCCAUGCUUAAAGACCGCUUCAUCCAGCUGCUCCAGGAUCACUCAAACGAAUCGGUCCUCAUUCAGAAACAGAUCUUUAAAAUCCUCUACGCUCUCUUUCAGUAUAAUCUCCCACUGGAGCUCAUCAACAGACAGAUCCUGACAGAGUGGAUGGAGAUUCUGAAGACAGUUGUGGACAGAGACGUUCCCCCAGAGACAAUGCAGAUCGACGAAGAUGAGCGACCAGAGCUGCCUUGGUGGAAAUGCAAGAAAUGGGCCCUUCACAUCUUGGCUCGACUGUUUGAGAGGUACGGAAGUCCCGGUAACACAACCAAAGAGUACGCAGAGUUUGCUGAACUGUUCCUGAAGGAGUAUGCAGCGGCUGCCCAGCAGGUGUUGCUGAAAGUCUUAUACCAGUACAAGGAAAAGCAAUACGUUGCUCCCAGAGUUCUCCAACAGACGCUUAACUACAUCAAUCAAGGAAUAGCACACGCUUUGACGUGGAAAAACCUCAAACCACACAUCCAGGGCAUCAUUCAGGAUGUGGUUUUCCCCCUCAUGUGUUACACAGAUUCCGACGAGGAGCUUUGGCAGGAGGAUCCGUACGAGUACAUCCGCAUGAAGUUUGACGUGUUCGAGGACUUCAUCUCUCCAACCACGGCCGCCCAGACGCUGCUCUUCACUGCCUGCAACAAGAGGAAAGAAGUACUGCAAAAGACAAUGGGCUUCUGCUACCAGAUUCUCACCGAUCCCAAUUCGGACCCCAGGAAAAAGGACGGGGCCCUGCAUAUGAUAGGCUCUCUGGCUGAAAUCCUGCUGAAAAAAAAGAUCUACAAAGACCAGAUGGAGUUCAUGCUGCAGAAUCACGUCUUCCCCCUGUUCCGCAGUGAACUGGGCUACAUGAGAGCCAGAGCUUGCUGGGUGCUGCAUUACUUCUGCGAGGUGAAGUUCAAAAGCGAUCAGAACCUGCAGACCGCCCUGGAGUUGACCCGAAACUGCCUCAUCAAUGACAAUGAAAUGCCGGUGAAGGUGGAGGCCGCCAUCGCUCUGCAGGUUCUCAUCAGUAACCAGGAGAAAGCCAAAGAAUACAUCGCUCCCUACAUUCGACCGGUGAUGCAGGCUCUCCUGCACAUCGUCAGGGAAACGGAGAACGAUGACCUCACCAACGUCAUUCAAAAGAUGAUCUGCGAAUACAGCGAGGAGGUCACUCCGAUCGCCGUGGAGAUGACGCAGCACUUGGCAAUGACGUUCAACCAGGUGAUUCAGACGGGGCCUGAUGAGGAGGGAGGCGAUGAUAAAGCAGUGACGGCCAUGGGCAUCCUCAACACCAUCGACACGUUGCUAAGUGUGGUGGAGGACCACAAAGAGAUCACCCAGCAGCUGGAGGGCAUCUGUCUGCAGGUGAUCGGCACGGUGCUGCAGCAGCACGUCUUAGAGUUUUACGAGGAGAUCUUGUCCCUGGCUCACAGCCUGACCUGCCAGCAGGUGUCGCCACAGAUGUGGCAGCUUCUUCCACUUGUGUACGAAGUAUUCCAGCAAGACGGGUUUGAUUACUUUACAGAUAUGAUGCCUCUACUUCACAACUACGUCACAGUGGAUACAGACACACUCCUGUCAGACACCAAAUACCUGGAGAUUAUCUACAGCAUGUGCAAGAAGGUCCUGACAGGUGAUCCAGGUGAAGAUCCAGAGUGCCACGCUGCCAAGAUGUUGGAGGUGAUCAUUCUGCAGUGCAAAGGUCGCGGCAUCGAUCAGGUGGUUCCCCUGUUUGUCGGCACGGCGUUGGAGCGCCUGACGCGGGAGGUGAAGACCAGCGAGCUGCGGACCAUGUGCCUGCAGGUGGCCAUCGCUGCUCUCUAUUACAGCCCGCCCCUCCUCCUCAACACUCUGGAGAAUCUCCGCUUUCCCAACAGCACUGAACCAAUCACCAACCACUUCAUUACCCAGUGGCUUAAAGAUGUCGACUGCUUCCUCGGCCUCCACGACAGGAAGAUGUGCAUCCUGGGCCUCUGCGCUCUCAUCGACCUCGAUCACAGACCCCAGGCCAUCAACCAGGCGGGCGGGCAGCUUCUUCCCGCAGCCAUCCUUUUGUUCAGCGGCCUGAAGAGGGCGUACGCCUGCCGAGCGGAACACGAGAAUGACGACGACGAUGAAGACGAAGACGGGGAAGAAGAGGAUGAAAACGCGGAGCUGGGAAGCGACGAGGACGACAUCGACGAGGAGGGCCAGGAGUACCUGGAGAUGCUGGCAAAGCACGCGGGAGAGGACGGAGACGACGAGGACUGGGAGGAGGACGACGCAGAGGAGACGGCACUCGAGGGCUACACUACAUCUGUAGAUGAUGAGGAUAAUCUAGUGGACGAGUAUCAGAUCUUUAAAGCCAUACUACAGAAUAUCCAGAGCCGCGACCCCGCCUGGUACCAGGCGCUAACGCAAACCCUGGACGAGGAGCAGCGCAAACAGCUUCUGGAAAUCGGCACGCUCGCAGACCAGAGGCGGGCGGCACACGAGUCCAAAAUGAUCGAGAAACACGGCGGCUACAAGUUCACAGCGCCGGUGGUGCCAUCUACUUUCAACUUCGGGGGCACAGCUCCAGGAAUGAAUUGAGUCAUCUAUUCUACUUUUUUUUAUUACUCUGUGACUGAUUGUAGUGAAGUGAAAAAAAAAAAAAAAGCUUGUGUUGUUCCCUUAAAUAGUGGUUCCAGAACUGGUUCUUCUGAGUCAUUCUUCAAUCUGUCAAAUGGGAAAUAGCACCAGAAGAUGUUAGGGGGGGGGAAAGCAACUAAAAUGCAACCGAUGGCUCAGGAAACCAAACCAAGAACUUGAGCACGAUGCAAGAGAAGAAGCUCUGAACAACGCUGUCCGCUGGAGCCCCUGAGACAGCAACUCCUUCGUAUUUUCUUCCCACUGAAACAAAUAAAGGGGGAGGGAGGGAGGGUGGAUUAUCUGCUAGAAUUGAUAAUGGGACUAAAUAUUUCAUUAUCGCUGUGGCCAAGGGGCCACGAUAAGAUUAUACCUCUGGUAGUGGUGAAAUCUGCGAAUCUUUCUGCAUAAACAAACACUCACGUUUAUGUACAUACGAACCAAGGUUAUUGAUUUUUCAAGUAGCCUUGAAAAAAAACGACCGGAGGCUUUUGUAAGGUAUCAACAGCUGUAUUCAUAUGUAGCAUAUUGGAUAAUUCAUAGCACUAUGUGAUGCCUGAUCUCUGUAAAUUAAUGACUAGCACUUUCAUAUUGUUCAGGUCUUCUAGGCUUCUGUAUCAGACUGCAAAUUUUUUUUAAAAAUUCAAGACUAUUUAAGAAUGGGGGAGUACAGGCUGUAACUUUGUUCCUUUGCAGGUGUUAACAGCUGAUUAACAAACGCAUCUGGUUGGAGGGAAUCAGUUGCACACAAUUUCAGGACGAGAGGAUGCUUUUGGUGUUCAGUAUGGCUAAUAGGACAAGUGUUUGUCAGCACUGGAUGUACCGUUGGAUACAUCGUUGAAGCAUGUACAAUUCAACUUAUCGUGAAGGUCUCAAGCUUUUGGUUGGUGUAUGGAUGAACCAUCUAUAUAUACAACAUAUUAAAAAAAGAAGCUAAGGGAA